AUGAUCUUUAAAGAAAUAAGGGAAACAGAAUGUGAAAACUGUCAAUUAGGAUUGGAUAUAAACUCAAACUGCUUGUUGGAUUUAAAACCUUUUAAUUAUUCAACAUGUGAAGAUUUAGUCAACAAGGAUUCUAAUAACAAUGAACAGGUCUUUGAUUCUUUAAUCGAUUUAUUUAAUGAUUAUAAAAGUUCCACUAAUCAAAAAUUUAAAAAGAUCAAUAAAUAA